CUCCCCAAAACCUCCACAAAGCUAGAGCUCCAUUUUUGCUGCCGGAAAAUGUCAGCCUCCUCCUCCAUGGCUUCUCUCUCAAGGAGACUACUCCUCUCUCGCUCUCUCUACCACUCAAACCCCAGCACCGUGCUCUCCACGCGCUUCUGCACCACCACCCACGUCACCUCCGACUCAGACGAGUCCAUCACCUCGGACCUAGAGUCCGACCCGACCCCAUCACAGCCUUCCGCCCCCAACCCGGUCCGCGGUAUCUACGAUCAGCCGCUCGAGAACGGAGUCGACGUUGGCAUUUAUAAGGCGAUACUGGUGGGGCAGGUGGGGCAGAGUCCGUUGCAGAAGAGACUGAAGAGUGGGGCGCAGGUGACCAUGUUCUCAAUUGGGACCGGCGGCAUUCGAAACAACCGGAGGCCCUUUGAGACCGAGAACCCAACGGAGUAUGCCAACCGCUGUGUGGUUCAGUGGCACAGGGUUUGUGUUUAUCCGGAGAGGCUCGGCAAGAUUGCGGUGCAGAAUGCUUUGCCUGGUUCAAUUUUAUACUUGGAAGGUAAUCUGGAGACCAAAAUCUUCACUGACCCAACAACUGGGCUUGUUCGACGAGUUAGAGAGAUUGCUAUUCGCAGAAAUGGUCGCCUUGUGUUUUUGGGUAAAGGAAAUGAUGCUGAGCCAACAGUAACGGGGCUCAGAGGUGUUGGCUACUUCUGAAAGUUUUGUUUUAAGCUGUAUCAAAGGUUUUAGAUGAUGAAAGACCAAUAUUAGCUUUUGUAAUUAAUUGAUAUUCUGUUCUGGUGCUUCAAUUCUUCAAUUAAUUUAGACCGAGUGAAAGACCAAUUAAUUUAUCCUGA